ACAGUUUUGUUUCGGUGGCUUCCGAGAUGUUCGGCAAAAGUGGAGAUCGAAAGGCUGAAUCCUCACGGCCUGGAUGAGAGCACCUCUGAACGGAAAAAAGGGUCUGCAGAAGGUGUAGAAUGAUAAUGCUGUUCGUCACGUGCAAACGAACGCAUGUUUGUCCAGCCGAAAGUGACUGUUAGACGUGGAAGUUAGCUACUGCUUCACAAGAGAGAAAUACCGAUGAAAAGAUCCUUCUUACGACUGGUCGUAAUAAUUUAUAAAGAACACCCGUUAAGGAAGCCUUAUACACUUAAUCUGCUCCUCUGCAUAUUUGGAUAAUCACAGAAAACAACAAAGAUUGUUUGGCAGAAACAGGAAGUCUCCUUAGCAUAGAAUAUAUAGCAUAGGAAUAUAAAGUUAAUAGGAUCGCCAGCAUAAGAUAAAACUAAUUUCCUUUCCCAUCUCUUGCACAAACACCGGGUUUGCACAAGCAACUUAAACUUUUCCAGUGUGAAAUGCGGCGCUCCGCGGAAGCCCUCCCCUUGGCGUGAUGGGAGCCCGCAGCAUGUCGGUGCCUUAAAGCUGGGAGGGAACCAAAUGAAGGCUGUCAGUCGCCAGACGCACUGAGGAGGAGCCGCUCUGUCGGUCCCAUUGUUUAUUUUUGUCUCCUUCGUCCAUCUCACUUUAGGCGUUACCGUUUUGUACCGAGAACCCGGUCUUCCUUACCUUAGCGACGAUGUACCGAUACUUGGGAGAGCUGCUGACUCGCGGGGUGACUGGCGCCCUGGCCUCGGGGUGCGCCGAGCCGGCCCUGCCAGCCUCUGCGUCCGUCCUGCGGCUCCGGCGCUACAGCGAGGCCGUCAGCGACCGGGAGGAUGAUCCCAACUUCUUCAAAAUGGUCGAGGGCUUCUUCGAUCGGGGCGCGGCGAUCGUGGAGGACAAGCUGGUGGAAGACCUGAAGAACCGGGAGACGCCGGAGCAGAAGAGGCACCGGGUGCGGGGCAUCCUGAAGAUCAUCAAGCCCUGCAACCACGUUUUGAGCGUGUCCUUCCCCAUCAAGCGAGACAACGGCGAGUGGGAAGUGAUCGAGGGGUACCGGGCCCAGCACAGCCAACAUCGGACGCCGUGCAAAGGAGGGAUUCGGUACAGCACGGAGGUGUCCGUGGACGAGGUGAAGGCCCUGGCCUCUCUGAUGACGUAUAAAUGUGCCGUCGUCGAUGUGCCAUUUGGAGGAGCCAAAGCUGGAGUGAAAAUCAACCCUCGGAAUUACUCUGACAGUGAGCUGGAGAAGAUCACGAGAAGAUUCACCAUUGAGCUGGCAAAGAAGGGCUUUAUUGGGCCCGGUAUUGACGUCCCUGCCCCCGACAUGAGCACGGGAGAGAGGGAGAUGUCCUGGAUUGCUGAUACUUACGCCAACACGAUGGGCCACCAUAACAUCAAUGCCCAUGCCUGUGUGACCGGCAAGCCCAUCAGCCAGGGUGGCAUACAUGGCAGGAUCUCCGCCACCGGCCGCGGUGUCUUUCACGGCAUUGAGAACUUCAUCAAUGAGGCGGCCUACAUGAGCCAGCUGGGCCUGACGCCCGGUUUUGCUGACAAGACCUUCGUCAUCCAGGGCUUUGGCAACGUGGGCCUGCACUCUAUGCGGUACCUGCACCGCUUCGGGGCCAAGUGCGUGGGCGUCGGGGAGAUAGAUGGAAACAUCUGGAACCCCAAUGGCAUUGACCCGAAGGAGCUGGAGGACUACAAACUGCAACAUGGCACCAUUGUGGGCUUCCCCAACGCCAAGCCCUACGAGGGCAACAUCCUGGAGGCUGACUGCCACAUCCUGAUCCCUGCGGCCAGCGAGAAGCAGCUGACCAAGAAGAAUGCCCCCAAUAUCAAGGCCAAGAUAAUUGCCGAGGGAGCCAACGGUCCCACUACCCCCGCGGCUGACAAGAUCUUCUUGGAGAGAAACAUUAUGGUCAUCCCGGACAUGUACCUGAAUGCUGGCGGUGUGACUGUCUCCUACUUUGAGUGGCUGAAGAACCUGAACCAUGUGAGCUACGGCCGACUGACCUUCAAAUAUGAGAGGGACUCCAACUACCAUCUGCUGAUGUCUGUCCAGGAGAGCCUGGAGAGGAAGUUUGGCAAGCAUGGUGGAGCCAUUCCUGUUGUCCCCACAGCGGAGUUCCAGGCCAGGAUUGCCGGUGCCUCUGAGAAGGACAUCGUCCACUCCGGCUUGGCCUACACCAUGGAGAGAUCUGCGCGGCAAAUCAUGCGAACAGCAAACAAGUACAACCUCGGCCUGGACCUGAGGACAGCUGCCUACGUCAACGCCAUUGAGAAGGUCUUCAAGGUGUACAAUGAGGCUGGCCUGACCUUCACAUAGACGCCCCCCCCCCGGGCCCUAUGUCCGUCCAGCUGUCUAUGCACUCGAGGCCCCUCCGCCACAGCGCCACCUGUACUCAGCGUUUACAUAUUGUUCACCCUAUAAUCCAUGUUUAUUAUUCGUCAUUUAACCAUUCUGACCACUCUUAUGUCCCUUAAUGUUCUCCUGAAUGUCUGUCACGGGUCCCCCCCCCCCCCCAAACUGUCAUUACUGUAAGCCUCACAUAUCAGUGAAAUGUUCUUGUGCUUUUUUUUUUUUUUUUGCGUCAGUUUUAUAUAACGGGUUAAAAUGCCGGAAUUUGACUCACUGUUACUGGGACUCUCAAGCUACCCGUUGCUGUCAUGCAUAACAUCUUACCAUUGCUGUUACCUGUUCAUGUUGCAACGUUGCUCGCUGGACCAUAGAGGGACUCAAGGUGAGGUCAGUCAGAGGGCAGCACAGAGUGCCAUGUGUCCUCUUCUAUGGUCAGUUGUUUGAAAAACAAUUUAUUCAAUUGUCAGUUUUUCCCAACUGCAAAAUUAAAUUUCUGGUCAGGGAUUUCCUCUCGAGCACUUGUGCAUAAACAGGAGAGCGUAAAUGUUCUUCAGUGUUCUGUUUGUUGACAACAGAUGUGUUCUGUACGUUUCUGUUGCUGUAGGAGGAUGAAAAACCAAAGUUAGAUUUUAAUUAGGUUAUUGAAAAUAUUCUGAAUUUCUUUGGGCAAGUUUUAAGUUGAUAUCUCCACUUCUGAAAUGUUGACUUGAUUCCUGAUAAAGGAAUCAACAGUAUGUGAUGUUUGAGGUGGGGGGGAAUGUUCCUGGGAACAAUAUAUAUAUAUAUAUUUUUCUUGCCUCGAUUGGAAUGCUGCUUUGAGACUAUUGAUAAACAUUUGUAACUGCUUUUUGUUCAAAACAUAAACUGACCGAUGCAAAACCGGC